AUGUCAAAACUAAUAAAUUCAUCAUCAUCCAACGUAAUCACACCACCACAACCAAAAACUGAUAAUAAAAAUAAAUAUUUAUAUUGUGAAAUACCACAUCGUGGUAAAACAACACAAAUUUUUGCUAAUAAAUUAAAACAUUUAAUUCAACACCAAAAACCGACUAAACAACUACGAAUUAUACAGCAAUCUAAUUUAGUUUAUCAUGUAGUUGCAAAAGACGGUAAUGUUGAUUACGUAGGUAAAACAAUACGACAGAUUAGCAGACGUUUCAAUGAACAUGGAAUAAAAUUUCAAAUUGAGCAACAACAACAAAAUAAUUCAACAUCACAACAACAAACAAAUAAUAGUAUCACACCAUUACAACAAAAUUCUAUUACUAACAAUCAUCAUUUUAUAACAAAUCAACAAUUACAUCAUAAACUUCUCGAAAUAAUUAAUGAUCGACAGCUAGAAUAUGCAUGUCUAAACGCUCUUGGUGAAAUACAGCGACCAUUAGAGCAACCUCAACCAUCAAUUAUAUUACCAUUAAUUCCACCGACCCCAACAGUAGCCAAAAAAUCACCGUUUUAUAUACAUAUGUUUGAAACUGGAAAACGAAUAACAGUAAAAGACUAUCAUUUAUUAAUGACUGAUAAACAACCAGACUUCUAA